AUGGGGUCCAUUAAAACUGCGGGCCAAGCUGUGGCGAGAAUCGCAUAUCUUGCCAGCGAUGUUGUUCUUUCUGUUCAGCCGUCUCUGCAGACGGACUCUCAGUUCUCCAAGACUCUUAGGGAUCUGAAGGAGCGCAAUGCCAGCAGCAUUGUGUCGAAGGGCUCGCCAGAGGUGCGAGCAGUUCGAUACAAUGAAGAUCCUCUUCUGUCUGCUUUUCAUCCUCUGCAGUCGGGCAAGACCGUGUCGAUUACGACCACUUCUUCCGUGCUCCUCAAUGCCAUUACACACCUUUACCGUCUGGCAAACUACCCCAUCGUGAUCCACGUCGCCAUUGAGUCGUCGCCCUUCCCAGACUUCUCCGUUAUCAGCUCGAUACGCCAGUGUGGCUUUGCGUUCCUUCACUCCGAGACGCUGCAAGAAGCGCAAGAUAUUGCCCUGACCGCCCAUGCUCUGGCGCUCAAAUCGGGAAAGGGUGUCAUUCACUUCUUCGACCCGGCGAAUUCGGCGGAUGAUGAUGCGAUUUCCGUGGAGGAUGUCGAGGUCGUCAAGAAGGUGCUCGAUCUGGACGGUGCCAGAGCUUCUCAUACUUCUGGUGCCGAGGAGCCGACUCUCUAUGCUGAUUCUGGGCGGGUUGCGGUGGUCCCUGAAGUCGGGCUAGAGAAGUCUCCAGCUGUGGAGGCUGCUGCCUCUGCUGCCGCGAUUUCUUCCCCGUCCAAGACGCCUUCGGCCACCAGCCAGGAUAACUCGUCUGUUGGCUCCUCCAGGAGGGACAGCAGUACUGACAGCCAUGCUGUCAGCUCUUCGGCCACAAGUGUUGACGGUUCUGGUGUCCGUCCUGUCAACGCGGCGGACAUAUUCAACUUGACCUCACAGAUCUGGACCGUCCUCUUCGAAACCGUUGGAAGGCAUUACCGGACCAUUGAGUAUACUGGACCUGAGAAUGCGAAGUUCGCGAUCUUCAUCUUCGGCUCCACUGGAGUUUUUGUUGAUGCCCUCGAGCAAGACAAAGCUAAGACCGAUAUUGGGAACGUGGGUAUUAUCACCGCACGUCUGUACCGUCCGUGGGUCGGAAGCCAGAUCUCGAACCUAAUCCCGAGAUCUAUUGAGAGAAUUGCGGUGUUGGAGCAAGCUCGCAAGACUACGAAGUGGGGUCCCUCCUUUUUGGAUCUCCUGUCGAGUUUGACGACGUCGCCUAGUCAAACUAAGCCGCCGCGUCUUGUUGCAUACCGACUUGGAUACGUUGAGCCAUCUACGGCUGUUCAAGCGUUGCGGGGCAUUCUCUACAACCUCGAGUCUGAGUCUCCCAUCCAGAACCUGGAGAUUGGCAAGCACAAGGAGUCUGCUCCUCAGCCAAGCAUCGAGCAGCCCCACCUCGAAAACGCCUACAUUAAGAUUCUCGAGCAGCUGUUCGGCAACCGAUUGUACGUGGCCAAUCAACUUGGUUCGAACAAUGCUGGUAUUUCUGCGACGGUUGCUGCCAGCCCUGAGUACGGGUUUGGUUCAUUGAUUGCCCGAAUGGAGCACCGUGAACGGUUCAUCACCGAAGUUGAGGAGGCGGCCAAAUCUAACAGCUUUGCCACCGAUACACCAAAGAAAUGGUUGUCUCGGUGGGCUUUGAGCGCUCGAGACCCGGCCAAAGCCAACAGCCUUGCUCCUGAUGUCAUUGCUCGUCUGACCACUGAUGGAUCGAAAGUGGCCAAACAACUCCUGGAAUCGAAGCAGCUCUUCUACAAGGAAUCACAGUGGCUCAUCGGCUCUGAUGCAUGGGCCUACGACCUUGGCAACUCUGGUGUUCAUCACGUCCUCGCGUCGGGAGCGAAUGUCAACAUGCUCAUCAUUGAUUCGCAGCCCUACUCAGAGCACGCCGCUGCCGAUGCUUCGCGGAGGAAGAAGGACAUUGGCCUGUACGCCAUGAACUUUGGUAACGCCUAUGUGGCUUCCGUGGCUGUUUAUGGUUCCUACUCGCAGGUCCUGCAGGCUAUGGCUGAGGCUGAUCAAUUCGAGGGUCCCUCAGUUAUUGUGGCCUACCUGCCCUACUACAAGGAGAACGACUCCCCGUUGACCGUCCUUCAGGAGACGAAGAAGGCUGUGGAUCUCGGCUACUGGCCAUUGUACCGAUGGAACCCAGGCAAAGACGAGAACAGCGAGCCGAAAUUCUCUCUUGAUUCGGAACGCAUCAGACGGGAGCUUGAGGAGUUCCUCCGCAGAGACAACCAGCUGACGCAGCUCAUGAAGCGUCAUCCGAAAUUCGCUUCUAACCUUUCAGGGUCCUAUGGCACUGAAGUCCGAGCUCUUCAGAAGCGCAAAGCCAAGGACUCAUAUGAGAAGCUGCUGGAAGGGCUUUAUGGGGCUCCUCUGACCAUUCUCUUUGCGUCUGACAACGGCAACGCCCAGAGCCUCGCCAAGCGUUUGGGCAACCGCGGUCGUGCGAGAGGUCUGAAGACCAUGGUCAUGGCCAUGGAUGACUACCCAAUUGAAGAUCUCCCCACGGAGGAAAAUGUGGUUUUCAUUACUAGCACUGCGGGUCAGGGAGAAUUCCCUCAGAAUGGCCGUGCAUUCUGGGAGGUCGUGAGAACCUCCGGUGAUCUCGACCUGUCCACCAUUAAGUACUCCGUUUUCGGUCUGGGUGACAGCCACUACUGGCCUCGCAAGGAGGAUAAGAUCUACUACAACAAGCCGGCCAAAGAUCUUGACGCCAGGAUUUCAUUCCUCGGUGGUCGGAAGCUCACGGACCUUGGCCUUGGCGAUGACCAGGACCCAGAUGGUUACCAGACUGGUUACAACGAAUGGGAGCCCCGCCUCUGGCAGGCUCUCGGCGUUGAUAAAGUCGAAGGCGUGCCGGAGGAACCUCCGCCAUUGACAAAUGAAGACAUCAAGCUUCAGUCCAACUAUCUCCGAGGAACUAUCGCGGAAGGUCUCCGGGAUGAGAGCACUGGCGCCAUCUCUCCUAACGACCAACAGCUGACCAAGUUCCAUGGAACCUACAUGCAAGAUGACCGUGACGUCCGAGAGGAGCGCAAGGCUCAGGGUCUGGAGCCGAAAUAUAUUUUUAUGAUCCGUUGCCGUCUCCCUGGAGGUGUUGCGACGCCGUCUCAAUGGCUGCAGAUGGAUGCCAUCAGCAGCGCGUACGGUAAUGAAACCAUGAAGCUCACAACGAGACAGACAUUCCAGUUCCAUGGAGUGGUCAAGGGCAAACUUCGUGCAGCCAUGCGCGCCAUCAACAAGGCCAUGUUGACCACUCUCGCAGCUUGCGGUGACGUCAACCGUAAUGUUAUGUGCAGUUCUCUUCCCGAGCUGUCCGGGUUUCAUCGUGAGUGUCAUGCUGUCGCGAAGAGGAUCAGCGAUCACCUCCUGCCAUCCACCACGGCCUAUCACGAGAUAUGGCUGAAAGACGACGAUGACAACAAGGUCCAAGUUGCGGGUAAUGCAGUUCAGGAUCAUGAACCUCUUUAUGGGCCAACGUAUCUUCCCAGGAAGUUCAAGAUCACGAUCGCCAUACCUCCUCACAACGAUACGGACGUCUACGCUCACGACAUUGGUCUCAUUGCCAUCAAGGGAGCUGAUGGGCACCUGGAAGGUUUCAAUGUUCUCGUGGGUGGUGGUAUGGGUGUGACUCACAACAACAAGAAGACCUAUCCUCGAACUGGGUCUAUGCUCGGCUUUGUACCCGCCGACCAGACUCACAUUGUGUGUGAGAAGAUCAUGAUUGUGCAGCGUGACCACGGUGACCGGAAGAACCGUAAGCACGCCCGUCUAAAGUACACCAUCGACGACAUGGGCCUGGAUGUGUUCAAAGCCAAGGUGGAGGCCUUACUUCCGGAAGGAUUGGGCUUCGCGGAGCCUCGUCCCUUCAAGUUCGUGUCCAAUAUCGACACGUUCGGUUGGCAGAAAGAUGAGAAGGGCUUGAACCACUUCACGUUCUUCAUCGAGAACGGACGUGUUGAAGAUACCGCCGAUUUCCCCAUGCGGACUGGUCUGCGCGAGCUCGCCAAGCUUAACAAGGGCGAGUUCCGUCUGACGGGCAACCAGCAUUUGAUCCUCUCGAAUAUCGAGGACGCUGAUCUUCCUACUGUCAAGUCUAUCAUGGCCAAGUACAAGCUCGACAACACUUCCUUCAGCGGACUCCGUCUGUCCUCGUCGGCAUGUGUGGCUUUCCCUACUUGCGGUCUUGCCAUGGCCGAGUCUGAACGGUACCUGCCGAUUCUCAUCACGAAACUCGAAGCAACACUUGAGGAGAAUGGUCUGUCCAGGGAUAGCAUCGUCAUGCGGAUGACCGGUUGCCCGAACGGAUGUGCACGACCAUGGCUUGCCGAAGUCGCGUUUGUCGGCAAGGCAUACGGCGCUUACAACAUGUACCUGGGUGGCGGUUAUCACGGUCAGCGUCUCAACAAACUCUACAGGUCGUCGAUCAAGGAGGAUGAGAUCCUCGACAUCAUGAAGGGUCUCCUCAAGCGAUAUGCGCUUGAGCGCAAGACCGAUGGCGAGACGCCCGAGAGGUUUGGUGACUGGUGCAUUCGCGCCGGUAUUAUCAAGGAGACGACGGAAGGGAAGAACUUCCACGAAGGGGUCGCUGAAGAAGAGGAGUAA